AUUCGCUCACUCAUGGCUCACCGAUUAGCAAUGAGAACCCUCUGACGGAUAUUCGUCAUAGGGAAACAAAUCAGCCUCUGAAACCAAUCAGAACCAGAGACCUCUCUCUAAUGGGUUGCUUUCUUGCUUGUUUUGGUCCCUCCAAGAACAAGGAUCGAAAGCGCCGCCGUAAACAUAAUGUCCUACCUGCGCAUCAGAUACAGGGAAGCUAUGAUCCACUAAAACCAACACUCUCUUUGAACCAAGAAAGCAAGGAAACACCCACUAGACUUGUUUCAGAACAGAGGGAUAAGCCCGAAGAGCAAUUGAGCUUCAGCGCCAGAAAAAAGGUCACUUUCGAUCUGAAUGUGCAGACCUAUGAGCACGUACCAGCACCUGAAGCCACAAAUUAUUCAUCCGAGAACGAUGAAGAGAAAGAAAGGGGAAAGGAAGAAGAAAAAACAGCAAAAACAACCGAAUCCCUUUCGGUCUCUGAGGAUGAUUCUGUCACAUCUAGCUUGGGAUCUUAUCCCCCUAACCACAGAUACCAAAAUUGCAGAGACAGUGAUGAUGAAGAUGGAGGAAUAGAAUCUGAUGAAAGCGAUCUGGACGAUGACGAGGAUGACUUUGAUGAGGAAGAUAUUGAACCAACAGAAUUCAAAGAAGAGUCUUCCGAGUCGUUUUUCUCUUUACCAGUGGAAUCACGGACAGAGACUUGUGCGACUCCACCGAAUGAAAAGGAAGUUAACAGUUCCACCAAAAUCUGUAGUUCACCUGAACGGGAACUGAAGACAUUACCUUUGAACCAGAAUGUUCGAGAUAGGAGCAAAUAUGUUCACUCAGUGUUGAACCCAGUUGAGAAUCUUUCACAAUGGAAAGCUGUCAAGGCGGAGAGACCAAGAGCAGCAGCAACACCACCAUCAAAGAUUCAGAAGGAGAAUACCAAUUUUGAGCAAGAACCACAAAUACCCUUCAGUCCAGAGCCAACUUUCAAGUCAUCACCUUUGAAAUCCAACCAAAGCUUCAGUCACUCUAGGCCUAAAAAUGAAGAAAUCAAAGUUGAUGCCAGCCUUUCAAACUGGUUGUUGUCUACUGAAACCACACCUAACACACAAACUAGCUCAUUCACUUUUGCCAAUGAAUCAACAGAAGAAAGCAGAUCACAGAGAUCGAAUUCGCCAAGAAGUCUAGAAGAUCGACCAAUUUUAGGCGCAUUAACGGUUGAAGAGCUGAAACAGAUGGCGUUAUCUUCAUCUCCAAGAAAGUCACCGAGCCGGAGCCCUGAUGAAAUACCAAUUAUAGGUACCGUGGGGAGUUACUGGAGUCAUACAGGUCAAGCCAUGGAUUCAAGCUCUGGUUCUUCAUGUAAGGGCAUACCUAAUACAACCAGCAAAUAUAGAGAGGAUAAGAGAGUGAAUUGGCACUCUACUCCAUUUGAGAAAAGGCUGGAGAGAGCUUUAAACAGAGGUUCUGCUGAAGCUUACACCAGUAAAUUUUAGAUAAGAGGCUGAGAUUUGGGGAUCUGGGAGUCGUUUCAAGUUGUGUGUGGUUUCAAGGUCAUUGGUUCCCUUUUUUGUUGUUCAUGAGUCAUGAUAGAUUCCAUGCUGUUGUUUGUACUGCUAAGGAAGUGCUUGUCUAUUGUUAAUUACUGUUGCUUUAAAGAGAUUGGAAAUUGAAAAUAAUACAUACUUUAAUGGGAUUUAA